GCGGGGCGCGGACGGCGGCGCGGCGGGGACUGCGUGUCCCGUGGUGCCCCGCGGUGUCCCGCGGAUCCCUUGGUGCCGCGGCGGACGGAGCGGCCGGGCCGGGCCGGGCCGGGCGGACACGAUGUCGCGGCAGGGCGGGCGCGGCACCGAGAGCAAGAAAAUGUAUUGGUAUUUGCCAUUCAUUUCACCUUCUGCCUCUCUGCAGCUCAUGAACUCAGAGCUGUUCACGCUGACCUACGGUGCCCUGGUGACCCAGCUCUGCAAGGACUACGAGAAUGACGACGAUGUCAACAAGCAGCUGGACAAAAUGGGUUACAACAUCGGUGUCCGGCUCAUCGAGGACUUCCUGGCCCGUUCCAAUGUUGGGAGGUGCCACGAUUUCCGUGAAACUGCAGAUGUUAUAGCAAAGAUUGCAUUUAAAAUGUACCUGGGCAUCACUCCAAGCAUCACCAACUGGAGUCCUGGGGGUGAUGAGUUCUCCCUGAUCUUGGAAAACAACCCCUUGGUGGACUUUGUGGAGCUCCCUGACAACCACUCAACCCUCAUCUACUCCAACCUGCUCUGUGGGGUGCUGCGAGGUGCCCUGGAAAUGGUGCAGAUGGCUGUCGAUGUGAAGUUUGUCCAGGACACCCUGAAGGGUGACAGCGUCACAGAAAUACGGAUGAAAUUUAUCAGGAGGAUUGAAGACAACCUUCCAGCUGGGGAAGAGUGAACCACAGCCCCGUCUCCCUGGGGACUGGAGGGACCAGCUGGGUUUGGCCAUUAGCUUUCCUCACAGAUCCAUAGGGAUCUCCUGCCCCUGCACAUUCAGACUGACUCAUUGACUGUCUCAGAUGUUAUUUUCUUCUACUCUCACUUCCAUCCUCUGUAGAAGAUGAUUGUCUGGUUGCUGUUUAUUUCCCAGGUUCAUUCUGAAGCUUUUUCAUCAGGUGAUGUCCUUUUCCCUGCCCCUGGGGGCUUCCUAAGCUCAGUUUCCAAUUAUGACCUGGGCUGUGUGAGAACAACUGCUCAGACUCCAGGAGAGCUCCGGUCUCUUCACAUCUGCAUCGGUGUCAGAGGGCCAGAAUUGGAGACCAAGCUACAAGAGCCCACUGAUUCCCUGCUAAACCCUGUCCUUCCUUAAACGAGGUGUUUAAAAUCCAUUUGGAGAUGUGUGUAGUGUUUCUGUAGAUCAAACUGGCUUCCUGCACUUGAUUCUGAAGUCACUGGUGAAUGCGGGCUUGAUCCAAAGGCGUGGCUGGGGAGAGCUGCUGGCACCAGGGCAGGGGCUGCUCUGCUCACGGGGCCCUGGCACCUCAGAAAUCUGGGAGCCUCUUGGCCUUUCCAUUGUCCUUCCCCCAGAAGCCUCACCUCGGGAGGGGAGGAGGUCAAACUCCAGUGGAGCAGUAGGAACUAUUUUACAUGGAGAAAGAAUGGGUAAAAUGGCAUCGGUGCUCCAGAGUGGGCACAGGGCUGCAGGGGGAGUCUUGGAGUGAGGACCAAACUCAGGCUGAGGCCUGGGAGGUGUUAAAGACAUUUCAGGCUCUGUUCUGCUGUUGGGGAUGUCAAGGCUGCAAGGUGUGAAGGCAGUGCCAGGGUUUGUUCUCUCACUGGUGUUCAGGCUACAGUAGAAUUUCCCAGUUACUUGACCUGUGGCACUUGCUGCUCUCAAAAAUAAAUACAUAAAGAAUUAUUAGAUAACAAAAAGCAAAGAUUGGAGCAUCAGCUUCCUCUGCCACCCAGAGCUAGAGAACACAGUCAAGCAUUGGGUUCCCAAGUCACUUUACGUAGCAUGAAGGCACAGCCCCUCGAGGUCUUUGUGAGCUCCAGAAUUUGUGUUGGUUGGUGCCUGAAUGUGAAGUGAGAGGGAGCAACCCACUGCUUGUGCUGCUCUUUUUUGGCUUUUCUGGGGGAGUGUUGGGUCAUCUGGCACUGGAUGGCUCACCCUGUCCCUUUUUUGCCCCAGAGAGUCCCUUUGGAUGCCCCGUGUGACACGUGCCCUGUGAAGGGACAGUGAGUGGCUGUAAGAGCAGUCAGAGGCAUGGCAGUGGCCCAGCGGUGGCAGGUGGAUGUUGGUGGCAGAGGUGCCACAUGGUCACACUGCAGAGCUCAAAGCCAUCCCUUAUUUCUCAUUGUUGACCAUUCCAAGUCACUUUAAAGCUGCAUUUUAGGAGCAAUUGCAUUAAAAGAAUCACGGUGUCA